AACGCCCGUUGCUGCUAUUGGAUGCUUGGACCCGCGCCCUGCUCCACUUGUCUCUCUCCGUCACGGGUUUUCUUCUCUCUCGGUAUUUUAUUAUUUUAUCUUCUUUACUUCCUCCAUCCUUGUGUCUCCAUGGCUACACCAGACGGCGCGGAGGAGCGCGUGCCGCAGCGGGGCCGAUCUCAGAGCGACCCGAGCGUCCUGACCGAGGCUCGUGCCGACCUCGCGCACCGCGCAGAUGUCAUGGAGCAGCCGAGAACGCUUCACUCUGGAUGUUUGGUAACGGGGGUCCGAACUCCUCCCAUCCGCCGCAACAGCAAGCUGGCCAGCCUGGGGCGCAUCUUUAAACCAUGGAAGUGGAGGAAAAAGAAAAACGAGAAGUUGAGGCAAGGCUCAGGAGGCUUGGAAAGGAAAGCAUCAGCGCGGCAGAGCCGUGAUGAGACGGUGAGAAAGUGUGUGGCAGAUAUGGGCACAGGUUCUGGCCUUGCAUGUGGUGGGAAUGCAGAGGAACCAGAGAUGCAGACUCAGGAAUAUUCAGACUGCGAGGAGAGAGAGGAAGAGGCCAUGGCACCGCUGGCCAGCAACACAGAGGACCUGGGGUCAGACGAGGACAAUCCUUCCACAGGACCAGAUGCCACAGAAUACACUGAGACUGCAGAAGAAAACAGCCACAAUGAAGAAGAGGAGGAGGAUGAGGAGGAAGAGGACGAGGUUUCAAUGCCCGAACUAUCCAUCAACAACAGCAUUCCUCUUGUGGAGGUUUUCCGCAAUGUGGAGGAGUUGAAAGCAGAGCCAGCGCUAAGACAAGUGCGGACGCCUCCUCCCAGAGUCCCAGCAAAGCUCCUUCCCAGGCUGGGGAGUCUGGACAGUUCACACUCGACACACCAAACACGCCCGGCUCCAGCCACUCUUCCCAGGAACUUCACUCUUCCCAAAGACACGCUGAGGGGCCGAAUCUCUACCCCUACAGGCUCACCACACCUGGGCAACAUGCAUCCGCUGCUACCCCCUACCUGCAUCAUCGAGGAACUGCACCGAGCUCUAGCCACCAAACACCGGCAGGACAGUUUCAAUAGUAAAGAGAUACGCUGUUCGCCGAAGCGCCGCUCAGACAGUCACGUGUCUCGUACCUUCAGCACGGAGAGCGAGCAGCAAGGAGGAGAGGUGGAGAACAAGAAGGAGGCGGAGGAGAAUAAAGAGAACAUGGGUCUGGAUGAAUACUACAGCGAUCAGGACAGCUGGAAUGAAUCUGUGAUCUCGGGGACACUACCGCGGCGGAUAAGGAAAGAGCUGCUGGCGGUAAAGCUGCGUAACCGGCCCAGCAAACAGGAGCUGGAGGACAGAAACAUCUUCCCGGUGCGCAGCGACCAGGAGCGUCAGGAGAUCCGGCAGCAGAUAGAAAUGAAACUGGCCAAGAGACUGAGCCAGAGACCGGCGGUGGAGGAGCUGGAGAGCAGGAACAUCCUGAAGCAGAGGAAUGACCAGACGGAGCAAGAGGAGAGGCGAGAAAUCAAACAGAGACUAAACAGAAAGCUGAACCAGCGUCCUACAGUAGACGAGCUACGUGACCGCAAGAUCCUCAUCCGCUUCAGCGACUACGUCGAAGUAGCCAAAGCUCAGGACUAUGACAGGAGAGCAGACAAGCCCUGGACCAGACUGUCUGCUGCUGACAAGGCAGCGAUACGGAAAGAGUUGAACGAGUUCAAGAGCAACGAGAUGGAGGUGCACGCAUCAAGCAAACACCUUACCAGGUUCCACCGGCCAUAGCAAGGUUUCUUCUGUGAAGAACGAAGAACGUACUGGACGUUGAAGGAAGACCUCAGGAGGGUCCAUCCUGUGCCGUGGCCCAUGGGUCCCUGGAGGGCCUGCUUUUUUUCUGUUUUGGUUUUGGGGCAUUAUCUCGGGAAGCUCGGAGGCUGUGUCUCUUGAAAAUCUCGUGCAACUCCAAAAAAAACAAAAACCCUCUCCUCAGCCAAGCGCUACACCUGUAGUUUUUUUCUCUACCUGGCUUUGUUUUGUAUUCGUUUCUUUUUUCUUAAGAAGAACUUUGAUCGAGAAGAACAUUUAUGGAAAAAAAACAA